AACGUGGUAAUGAAAUGGCUGAAGUAUUAAUGGAUUUCCCAGAGCUGUCUAUCACUAUUGAUGGCCGUAAGGAAUCUAUAAUGAAGCGUACAACAUUAGUGGCCAAUACUUCAAAUAUGCCUGUAGCUGCUCGUGAAGCCUCUAUUUAUACUGGCAUUACAUUAUCUGAAUAUUUCCGUGAUCAAGGAAAAAAU